UAGAUUUUAUUCUCCAUUUCCCCAUCUAUUUGUACGGUAUUAAAUUAUAUACGUCUUGCCGAGUGGAUUUUUUCGUUGAUUUGCAUUUGAUUUUCAAGUUUUUGUUCUUUCGCAUCCAUAAUUAAGGAAUUAAAAAAGAAAUGGCUCAGCCAAUUCGUGUUGUUGUAACUGGGGCUGCUGGUCAGAUCGCCUACUCGUUGCUGUAUAUGAUUGCACGCGGUGAGGUGUUCGGCAAGGAUCAACCUUUAAUUUUGCAUUUACUCGAUAUUCCACCGAUGAUGGGUGUACUUGAGGGUGUUGUCAUGGAAUUGGCCGAUUGCGCUCUACCUUUACUUCGUCAGGUUAUCCCCACGGCAGAUCCGGCUGAAGGAUUUAAAGAUGUGUCUGCAGCCUUUUUGGUCGGCGCCAUGCCUCGCAAAGAGGGUAUGGAACGUAAAGACCUGCUAUCCGCAAAUGUGAAAAUUUUCAAGGCUCAAGGCCAGGCUAUAGAUCAGCAUGCCCGAAAAGACAUUAAAGUUUUGGUUGUAGGCAACCCAGCCAAUACCAAUGCGCUCGUGUGCUCUCACUACGCCCCAUCAAUUCCACGUGAGAAUUUCACAGCCAUGACCCGUUUAGAUCAAAAUCGCGCCAGUGCACAGAUUGCCGCCAAAUUGGGAGUGCCAAUUAAUGCUGUUAAGAACGUCGUCAUCUGGGGCAACCACUCGUCCACGCAGUUCCCAGACCCUAGCAAUGGUGUCGUCGAAGUAGGAGGUAGCAGCAAACGCGUCUGGGACGCUGUCAACGAUGCUGCCUUUUUGCAGGGUCAAUUUGUGGAGACCGUACAAAAGCGUGGUGCGGCCGUGAUUGCCGCACGCAAAAUGUCAUCGGCUAUGUCCGCUGCUAAGGCUGCCUGCGACCACAUGCACGAUUGGUGGAAUGGUACUGCACCAGGCCAAUUUGUUUCAAUGGGUGUGAUCUCAGAUGGCAGUUACGGUGCGCCCAAGGAUGUAGUAUUCUCGUUCCCAGUAGAGAUUAGUGAUGGAAAAUGGAAGAUUGUGCAAGGUCUACAAUUGGAUGAUUUUGCCAAAUCGAAGUUGGUCAUCACUGGCAAGGAACUAGAAGAAGAGAAAGGAGAAGCGAUGGCCGUUUGCUCUGCGGAUUGACUAGUUUUAACCGAUUCUAAGCUGUGAAAAUCCAGCCCACAUGUUUCAAUUAAAUCGUAAAUAAGAGCACAACAUACACAAAAAUGUAAUAUUAACAAAAAGGCAGCGAGAAUUUAAAAUGAAGUGGAUUUCGGAAAUAUAACUUGUGUAUUUAAAUUGCUGGAUAUUCAUACAGACUAAAUUGUUCAUUUACAAUAUAAGGGAUUGUAAUGAUUUAAAAAUUAUCUAUAACUUUAUGUAUUUGUGAAACGCAUGUCUUUAAUCAAUGAAGGUCGUUAUUUGUUUUUAUUGUAUCUACAUAUAUAUGAGAUUAAAGUAGAAGAAAUAUACACACAAAUAAAAAUA